GAGUGGAGCGUAGCAGCACGUUCAGAACUUUCUUGACCGCCGCGAGCUGCCGUAGUCGGGCUUUCGCUCGCUGCUUCUCGGGCUGCCACCCUCAGUCGCGCGAAUUGAGCGACUCUCUGGGAUCAUGGCGGCAGCCGCUUCCACCCACCCGGGCACCGACGGAAGCCACCACCUUCGCGGAGGCGGCAUGGAAGCCGGUCGGGAGAGGUUGCAGGAUGAUGGAGUGCGGACCCUCACUUCGGUUGAGCAGACAAAAGUAGAAGAUAUUGUUCAAGAAGUCUUUGAUGUUUACAAGACAAACCACCAUGACCCACAGUUUGUUUUGCACCGGGAGAAACACUUCCACUACUUAAAGAGAGGACUGAGGCAGUUGACAGAUGCCUAUGAGUGUCUGGAUGCCAGCCGCCCAUGGUUGUGCUACUGGAUCCUACACAGUUUGGAGCUGCUUGAAGAGCCCAUCCCAGAGUCCGUAGCUUCCGAUGUAUGCCAGUUCCUGAGCCAUUGUCAGAGCCCCAGUGGAGGAUUUGGAGGGGGCCCAGGCCAGCACCCACAUCUUGCUCCCACUUAUGCAGCGGUCAAUGCUCUUUGCAUUAUUGGCACUGAAGAGGCGUACAGUGUGAUCAACAGGGAGAAGCUUCUGGAGUAUUUGUAUUCCCUGAAGCAACCUGAUGGCUCCUUCAUCAUGCACAUAGGAGGAGAAGUGGAUGUCAGGAGUGCCUAUUGUGCUGCAUCGGUGGCUUCACUGACCAACAUUGUUACACCAACGCUUUUUGAAAGGACAGCAGAGUGGAUAGCAAGAUGUCAGAACUGGGAGGGUGGAAUUGGUGGUGUCCCUGGCAUGGAGGCUCAUGGAGGAUACACCUUCUGUGGACUGGCAGCACUGGUUAUUCUGAAAAGCGAACACACCUUAAAUUUGAAAAGUUUGUUGCACUGGGUUACGAGCCGCCAGAUGCGUUUUGAAGGUGGGUUUCAGGGACGUUGUAACAAGCUGGUCGAUGGCUGCUACUCCUUCUGGCAGGCUGGUCUGCUGCCUCUUCUGCAUCGAGCAUUGCAUGCCAAAGGUGACCCUGCUCUCAGUAUGACACACUGGAUGUUCGACCAGCAAGCACUUCAAGAGUACAUCCUGCUGUGCUGCCAGUGUCCAGCAGGGGGCCUCUUGGACAAACCGGGCAAGUCACGGGAUUUUUAUCACACCUGCUAUUGCCUGAGUGGGCUGUCGGUAGCACAGCACUUUGGCAGUGGAGACCUCCUUCAUGAAGUUGUGCUAGGAGUGCCAGAGAAUCGUCUGCAGCCUACGCAUCCCGUCUACAACAUCUCCCCUGACAAAGUGGUGCAAGCUGUGAUGUACUUCUUGAAGAAGCCAGUUCCAAGCACCACAGAGGAGACCGCAGCUAACUGAGACAGAGCCACUGCCAUUGUAGACACUAUGCAGGGCUGCAUCCCGGCCAUUCAACCUGUGGUGCUGCACAUUGGCCAGUGUGGGGCCCCCAGCCGUGGAGCUGACUUUGGUUUGUUUGUUUUUCUUUCCUUGAGACUGGAUUCAACGUUCUUUGUGUCUUUUGAAAGAGCUCUCCUAGCCCUACCAAAAAUCUGUCAGGUUUUUCAGGACCUAACAGCAAAUUGCUUUUGAGGUGGCAGAUGGUUUGACAUGCUGUCUGCUCAGUCAUGCCAGAAGCCCCCUCAGAGGAGCAGUUUGGGUUUGGAACAGUGUGGCAUGUUGACAUCUUUGGCGUCUGGCAGAUCAGUUGUGUGGUUUCAUUUGCACUAUGCUAAGCAUCUUAGAAGGGCAGCUUCCUAACCAAGUGCAUACCAGCCUGAUCAAAAGGCAAUAUGUGAUUCUCCCUCUGCCUUUACAGGCAGUGUUGGUUUUGUCCAUUCAUACUCCCAAUGUAGUUUAAGUACUUGAAGGUAGGACUCGAGCUUAUAAAGUGAAGUGUGUGCAAAAUCAGCAUGUCUGAAAAGAUAAACUAGGCGGAGAACAGCGUGCAUAUCCACACUAAACAGCUGUGCAUCAGCAGCUGGAAUGCUUUUUGGGGAGUUCCUGAACAGCCCCCCAUGAAAAGCUCUUCCAUUAUGUAAAGUGAAGAGGAACAAUCUCUUCUGUGUCAAGAAAAAUGAGACAGGUGGCCCAGACCUAUGUAAAACUCUUUCUCUUGCUGAUUGGUACUACUUGCUUGCCCAAGUGUGGGAUUGACCAUGUAUUAUGUUUGUGCAUUUUAUUAAAAUAAUAUACUAAUUCCUUUCCUAUUA